UAGGGAGGGAGAUAUGCACAGAUAUACUCUUACAAUGUACCUGAUUUAAAUGUCAGACCUGGACUAUUCAAACAAUGAAUGCAUUUUCUAGUUAAAUGGAUUAAAGGGCUCAGUUUUUUGUAAGUAACUUUUGUUUUUUAAAUGCUAUUAUGUUACCAUUAUGGACGAAACCAGAGAGAAGUGAAACGUGCAGGACCCUGUACAAUGGACUUUAUUUAGAACUUUGAUUUUUGAUGACAUGUGAGGAGUGCUGUCAGUCUUGCACCUUGCUAUCAAAACCAUCUCCCAGUGCAUCAGUGAGAGUCUUUUCAUUGACCUAAAUGUGGACUGGGUCAGGCCCUUCGUGACCUCUAAGUUAAUUCACACACACUGCUGAGAAAUAAGGGGAGGUAUCAUGAAGAUAACUGAGGCAUAGAAUCGUAAGCACCAUGAAAGGAAAUCCUGAGGAAGGGUCUAACUUGAGAAGAAGUGGCUGAGAUGGCCUCUUCAGCUUUGAAGUGUCACCCCCAGUGCAGUGCUGGAUUUGAUGGGCUGGAUUUUCAUAUCCUUGUUCAGGAAGUGUUCCCGAACUGACAUGGAUCAACCCAGACUUCAUUACCAGGCAAAAGAGGAGGGUGGGGACCCAGAGAGAUUAAAGAUUCCUGCCCUGUGCCAAAGCCUUAAAAGGGAGUGGAGCAGGAUAAGAAGGGUUGCCAGUAAUGAGAAAACCCCUGCUCACCCCCUAAGAUGUCUGCUGGAACUAACAAGGACUAUACCAGGGGAAAGGACUGGGCCCAGACUAAGAAAGAGUCUAUAGUCUGUGAAAGAAGCUUAUUGGAACAUCUAAGGAUAAUCAACUGAUCAGGUAUACGUGAACAGCGUUACCAAGAAGACUCCCUCACAUAAAUGAAUCGUACAGCUAUCCUCUAAUCCUACUUUUUCCGCCGGAGGAGGAGUAGGUAAAUAACAUGAAGCAAAACUUGGCAUCAUCAGUUAGAUUUAUUUUGCUGCUUUUUCUGAACGUAGAGUGUUUGAAUGAGCAAUCUCCUCCUGGAAAGCCUGAGGUUUUGAAGUGUCGUUCUCCAGAAAUGGAAACCUUUACUUGCUGGUGGAAGCCUGGCUCAGAUAGUGGACUUCCUACCAACUACACUCUGCUCUACAACAAGGAAGGAAAAGAACAAAUUUAUGAAUGUCCAGAUUACAGAACUGCAGGUCCCAAUACCUGUUACUUUGACAAAAAGCACACCCAUCUCUGGACAUCUUAUAACAUUUCUGUAAAGGCAACUAAUGAGGUGGGAAGUAACAUCUCUAACCCUCAUUAUGUGGACGUGACUUCCAUAGUUCAGCCAGAUCCUCCUGUAAACCUAUCUCUGCAAGUAAUACAAUCAGCUGGGAUAUUGUAUCUUUGGGCAAAGUGGUCUCCACCUCCAUUGGUUGAUGUCAGAUCUGGUUGGCUUAUACUUCAUUAUGAAUUACGACUAAAGUCUGAAGAAAGGGAAGAGUGGGAGACUAUUUUUGUUGGACAGCAAGCACAUUAUAAGGUGUUUAAAUUACAUCCUGGAUUGAAAUACAUUGUACAGGUUCACUGCAUGCUAGACCAUGGAAAAUGGAGUGAAUGGAGCUCAGAAAGUUACAUUCAGAUCCCCAAUGGGCAGCCCCCUGGAAGGCCUGAGCUACUGAGGUGUCGUUCUCCAGAAAAGGAAACUUUUACUUGCUGGUGGAAGCCCGGUUCAGAUGGAGGACUUCCUACCAACUACACUCUAUUCUACAGCAAGGAGGGAGACAAAUCGAUCUAUGAAUGUCCAGAUUACAGAACUGCAGGCCCCAAUUCCUGUUACUUUGAUAAAAAGCACACCUCACUUUGGGCAAUCUAUAAUAUCACCAUAAAGGCAACCAAUAAGAUGGGAAGUAACAUCUCUGAGCCUCAGUAUGUGGAUGUGACUUACAUAGUUCAGCCAGACCCUCCUGUGAACCUGUCUCUAGAAGUAAAAAAACAAGUAGAUGGAAAACCAUGUCUGUUGUUGAAAUGGUAUCCACCUCCACUGGCUGAUGUCAAAUCUGGGUGGCUUACUCUUGAAUAUAAGUUGCGACUAAAACCUGAAGAAGGGGACGAAUGGGAGACAAUUUUUGUUGGACAACAAACACAAUACAAGUUGUUUAGUUUAAAUCCAGGAAAGAAAUACAUUGCACAGGUACACUGCAAACCGGACCAUGGAGAAUGGAGUGAAUGGAGCUCAGAAAGUUAUAUUCAAAUCCCCAGUGACAUAGAGUUGAAGGAUGUGCUUGUCUGGAUCUUUGUGGCUGUAUUAUCAUCUGUUAUUUGCUUAAUCAUUAUCUGGAUGGUGGCUUUGAAAGGCUUUAGUAUGGUAGCCUGCAUCUUACCACCAGUCCCAGGGCCCAAGAUAAAGGGACUUGAUACACAUCUGCUAGAGACAGGGAAGUCUGACGAGUUUUUGAGCGCUCUGGGUUGCCAAGACUUCCCUCCAACAUCAGACUGUGAGGACCUACUGGUAGAAUUUCUGGAGGUAGAUGACAGUGAGGAUCAGCAACUGAUGCCAAGUCAUGAAAAAGGUCAUCCCAGUAAAAAUAAGAAGUCAACACACAAGGAAACAGACAGUGACUCAGGGAGAGGGAGCUGUGACAGCCCUUUCCUACUCUCUGAGAGGAGCAGGGAGCCCAGAAUCCCUCCAUCAGCAUUGCAAACACCAGAUAUCAGUGAAAUUUCAGAAAAUAAUGCCAGAAAAAACAGCUGCAAAAUUCAGAGCACAGACCUAAAAGGGAAAAUACCCUAUUUUAGCAUUGGUGGUACAAAUUUAUCUGCGUGGCCUGAAGCUCAGCUACCUAACAACCAGACUCCUAAAUGCUCCUACCACAACAUUACGGAUGUUUGUAAGAUAGCCCUUGGCACCAUGAAUGGGGCUGUUACAUCAGUUUUGGGGGGAAAUGAAGAAAAUCAACUGUCACAAUAUUCUAAACCCACUGAAACUGUCAGGGAGGAAAAGCUGGACAAGCAAGAAGUGGAGAGCUUGCAUUCCAAAGCUGACCAAGACAGAAUGCAAUUGCUGCCCACUGAGAAAUCACCUUUUUUGUCUGCUAAACUAAUGGAUUAUGUAGAAAUUCACAAAGUCAACCAAGACGGGACGUUAGCUGUAUUACCGAAACAGAAAGAAGAUAGUGGCAAAACUGAAAACUGUACUGUCCCUGGAACCAGCAAGGAAUAUGCAAAGGUCUCAAGAGUUGUGGACAACAGCAUUCUAGUAAUAAUACCAGUUUCAAGAGUUCAGACCACACCUAUGUUUCAAGAACCUCCAAAGGAAUCUGUUCAGAACCUUCAACAAAGUCAAACAGAGAAAAAUAUGAGCUAUUGUUUUACAACUCCAAGUGAGUGCAAAAAAGACACUGGUGGAUUAGAUUACCUGGAUCCAACUUCCUUUAUGCGCUCCUUUAAUUAACUGAAAGUUUGAUUAUCCUUCUUCAGGUAACACUACACAGUAAAUUAAAUGCUAUUAAAAUGGAAUGUUCUAGUAUGUGGAUUACAUAGAAUUACACUACUAAAGCUCAGUUGUAGCUCGCACCUUUCUAUGUUUUCUACUACCUGAUUGCAGAACAAAUUAUUUCAUUUUCUAAUUGUGAUUUAUAGAUUUACUUUUGUUAAUAGUUAUGUACAGUAAAACAAAAGUAUGUGACAUGGUUUCUUGGAAAACCCAUACAAACUGGGGUAUAAUUAAUAAAGAGAAAAAGGGGAUUUGUAGGUUGAUGUAAUAGAAUAAAUAAACCUCAGAUCAUUAAAAUAGUUUUCAAUUUAGGGAGAAAGGGCAAGGAAGUUGGAUGUUAUGUGCUAUGGAAAACUACAAUGUAAACAAAUUAUUGAACUUUGCAUUUCUUCUGUUAUUUGAUGAAAACUAGCCAAAUAUUGCAGGUUCAACAAAGAUACAAAAUUUGAGGAGAUUGGUCAGUACACCAUGAUUAAGGCUAAGAUUUUGUCAUGGAUAUUUUUAAUAAAAGUCACGGACAGGUCCUGGACAAUAAAGAAAAAUUCACAGAAGCCUGUGACCUGUCCAUGAUUUUUACUAAAAAUAUCCGUGACAAAAUGGGGAGCCGAGGAGUCCCGACACUACCCACAUGGCUGGGCAGCUCAGAGCUCCAGGGGCCCCCACUGCCUGCAGUGGAUCAGAGCUCCCAGGGGCCCCAAGCCAUUGCAGGGUAAAAGGACCCUGCAAUUCCCAGCCACUGUGGGCUGAAGUCAUAGAGGUCUCUGGAAGUCCAGGAUUCCAUGAUUUCCACAACCUCCGUGACAAAAUCAUAGUCUUACCCAUGGUUGUUCAUACAGUUCAGAGACCAUGUAUACUGCUGAUGAACUACUAUGGCAUACAGUGUAUUUUUUCUUAAUGAAUUCUAAACACUGGUAUAGGUUUUUCUAUUAUAUAUUUUUCUCGAUCCUAAAAAAAGAGUUAGUUUUUUGGAUGUUGACAAUUUCAUAUAUAAAAGAUAAUCUAUUAAAGUAAUUGUAGCAAAGUAGUAAAUCAUUCUCAACAUAUUUUCCUGCUUCCUUUCAGUAUGAUGAAUAAACUACAUCCCACCCAUCUCUUAGCCAAAUAGAACUGAACAGUGUUCACUUUUAUUGAAAGAGAAGAACACUAUUUGAUAGACUGCCUUAUUGUACAUAAUAUAAAAAUCUACUUUAGUAAAAGCCCAUGAGUUCAACAAUGUAUUUUUGAAGACUAUUUUUCUAAAGUAAAAUAUUUUCUAACUUCCCAGAACUAUUUACCUACCUGACAACUUCACUGAUUUUUUCUGCUGAUGCAGGAAGAGGUGAUGAGAAGUGAAGCUAUCAUUUCAAUAGUGAAACACCAAAAUAACUAAAGGAGACCUGUAGAAUAAUGAAGGAUAUGAAUUUAUAUUUCUAAUAGACUGUAGAUGUAAUACAAUGAAUUGAGAAUUAUGUAGUCCAUUUAUUUUAUCAACUAUUCCUGUAAAACUAAGUGGAAUGCUAGGUUUUGGGGGCUUUGUCCCUCCCUAAAUUGCAGUCUCCCUGAUGGCCUGUGGACUGUCACCCCUCUUAGGGUCAGAUAUACCCAGAUUGACAUUCUUGCUAUUGCUGCUGCUUUUGCUAUUGCUGCUCAUUUUCCAUCUUGGAAAAUAGUCUUUCCAGCAUGACUACAAAUGCCAUUUUAUGUUGUAGUUAACAGCUGCGUCCAUCCCAUAUAUGAGUUACAUUGCUCAGGGCUUGUCUACACUUACCAGAGGAUCGAUGCUGUGGCGAUCAAUGCAUACACAGUUGAUUUAGCAGGUCUUCUGGUGGUCGAUUUAGUGGGUUUAGUGAAGAUCCACUCAAUCGACUGCUGAUCACUCUUCCGUCGACUCCUGUACUCCACCGGUUCGAGGAAAAGUAAGGGGCUUGCUCUCCCAUCAACAUUGCAUAAUGUGGACUCUGCGGUAAGUAGAUCUAAACUACAUCAAUUUGAGUUACACUAUUCACAUAAUUCAAAUAGCGUAGCUUAGAUGACUUUUUCCUUUAGUGUAGACAAGGCCUCAGAGAUGCACGUCAUUGAGUAUCUGGGAUUCUGAAACUGCCUACUUGGUACUUCAUAGAUUUAGUUUUGAGUCCAUGUUUAAAAUGUAGCAAUGCUGUGAAUGCCAGUGUGAAUAAAUACUGUCCAUAAAAGGUAACUAAUAAAUUUUAUGGUAGCUAAA